AUGAAUCCCGAUAUAUCUCCAACCCUGUCACAAAAGCCCUGCGCGAAUUGCCGAAGGAGAAAGAUUGCAUGUGACAGGCAUCUACCGACCUGCAAAACAUGCUCAAGGAGGAAGCAGCAGUGCGAGGGCUACUCAAACACGCUCUCCUGGCCUGGAAUAAAUGAUCGGCGGAGGGCAUUGAAAGCCGAUAUUCCGGCUGGAGACAUUGCCGAACCUCUCUUCUUUCUCAAUACCUCGAGCAGGGAUGUUGCACUCUCCCUUCGUGUGUGUCUGACUCUUGAGCUUGAUAGUAUCCCGCCUUGGAUUCUACUCGCCAAUCCACGUACCCAUGCCGCUACCUGGCCCUACCCUUGGGACAUCUUUAACCCACAAUGCUGCACAGAAUACACGUUCGCCCUUCAGGUAGUGACCUCCCAUGGAGACCUUCGGCGAGACAUCUGCAAUCUCCUCUAUCGCAUGGCUGUUUCCGAUGAUGCCGCCCCGUCUCUGGCCGUUCGAAGUUCAAUGAAUGCAAUAUCUUAUUAUUCCUUGAAUCAAAUUGCAAUAUCCAAACAUCACCAGUUCCAAGCCAUUUCGGCGUUGCGGGAGGCAAUUACUCAAAUCACUGACUACAAGUCGAGGGCACAAGCAAUUGCAGCAAGUAUGCUUCUGAGUAUCUAUGAGAUCUUAAAUCAGCCGAAUGACUUGCAUGACAUGAUGCGACAGUGGACUGUCUACUUCAACGGUUGUCUCAUGAUCUUCCAAUCUUCCAACUUUUCUAUAAACACUUAUGAUGGCGAGGCCGAAACAUUACUAGACUGGGUAUCAUAUUAUUCCGUUUUCUUCAAACUCUGCAUCAUCCACUGGUUUCAAAGGCAAAGUAAGAGACAAGGGGUUGUGAAUCAUGAGACUACACUGUCUUGGGCCAUACUUCAACCUCGUUCCAGCGUGAUCAAGAGCUCAUUCGGCUGCUCUUUAGGAUUGCUUCGACUUCUCAACCGAUCUAUAGAGUUGGCUUGCUCCCGCAAUGAAAAUGAAAGCCUCCCCCUCAGUCAUGAAAUAUUGGCAACGGCAAACGACCUUGAGAAUCAGAUUGAGACUUGCCAACAAGUUGUUUGCGAUAAUGUCGACAAGACUGGUGACGACGGACCAGGAACUUGGAAGCACUAUGCAGCAGUUGCACGAUUAUUCCAACUCUCCGCGCUCAUUUAUCUAGAUCGGGUAGUGCGAGGACUACCUGCUUCUUCUCUUCUGUCCCAACAGUCGGCCAAGGAGGCGUUUGUUAUAAUGCAAGACCUAAAAUUAUGUGAACGACCAUUCCCGCUUCUUAUGCUCGCGUUGCAAGCGCAAGAAGACGACGAGAGGCGGAUAGUACUCACUGUGCUUCAGAAUGCCAUAAGCCAGAGAGAGCUCGGCGAUCUAACCAUGACGGAAAGCGUGGUUCGUACCAUAUGGGCCCAGCAAGACUUACAAGACGACCCCGACGUCGACGGGCUUGUCAUCCUUAAUCUCGCCUUCAGGGCGUAUGAGAAACCACCGUGCUUGAGUUUCCAUAGUUGGGCUUCUACCAAUAACAAGGUCUAG